AUGAGCAGGUCAAAGAGAGAGAGGAGCAGGUCAAAGAGAGAGAGGAGCAGGUCAAAGAGAGAGGAGCAGGUCAAAGAGAGAGAGGAGCAGGUCAAAGAGAGAGAGGAGCAGGUCAAAGAGAGAGAGGAGCAGGUCAAAGAGAGAGAGGAGCAGGUCAAAGAGAGAGAGGAGCAGGUCAAAGAGAGAGAGAGGUCAAAGAGAGAGGGAGCAGGUCAAAGAGAGAGAGGAGCAGGUCAAAGAGAGAGAGGAGCAGGUCAAAGAGAGAGAGUCAAAGAGAGGAGAGGUCAAAGAGAGAGAGAGCAGGUCAAAGAGAGAGAGGAGCAGGUCAAAGAGAGAGAGGAGCAGGUCAAAGAGAGAGAGGAGCAGGUCAAAGAGAGAGAGGAGCAGGUCAAAGAGAGAGAGGAGCAGGUCAAAGAGAGAGAUGAGCAGGUCAAAGAGAGAGAGGAGUAG